GCCAAUAGAUUAUAGUUGAAAUUUCGACAUCCAAGAAAUUAAGAACYAAUCGCUGAGCUCCAUUAAGAUAACUACAGUUCAUAUAAGAAUGGCCAAGUUUAUCAUUUCAAGUUUCUUGCUGGUGAUCGCAGCCUGCGUUUCUAACACCAACGCUGAUGGAGCUGAGGGUGGUGUACCCACCACAAUUUCAGCACAUCCUUAUGUCGUCUCGCUACAGAGUACUGACGGCACAAAAGUUUGUGGUGGUGUCUUAAUUGAUUCAAAAACCGUUGUCACUGCCGCACAGUGUUUGAGCUUCUACGACGUAUCACAACUGGUGAUCGGUGUUAGCAAUGGCGCUAAAAUUGUAAAAAUUGCCAGCAGCACCUUCAAUUCAGGUUUUGAUUCCGUCACCAUGGAGAAUGAUUUGGCCCUAGUGAAACUGGCUGAAGCAGUGAGAGUUGGUACCAUCGCAGUGGCCUCCAAACAACCAAAAAAUGGAAUUAGUGGUGUGGUGACCACCUGGGACGCCAGCAACAACUUGGUAGAUAUUGC